CGCCGUUAAUAAGCUGCGGAGUCUGCGGGCAUCACCAGUCCGAUCUUCAAGGCAGUCAGGCUGGAAACUCUCCACAGCCGAAGCUGGAGGGAGACGACACGGGGGAAGAGGUCCGCCCGGCAGGAUCCAGAUGACCGUUUUGUUUUGAAGCUCCUGACAAUGCCCUGCCAUUUUGCAAGAUGCCCAGCCACAAACUGCACUGACUCCUAAAGCUGAGGUUAACUACAAAGGAUCUUCAACUUGGAAGCCGACUAACAUCCGAAGCCAAAGGAACAAGGACCAUUUAUCUCAGACUUUCCUUUUAUAGCUGCGUCAUACUGCCCUGUAUAUUCAUGACAAUAUGCAGAUGACUGUAUAUGGUGUUUUUUGCCCAGAUGAAUAGCACUGACCGGCCACUGUUUGACCCUCCAAGACCAGAUUAAAACAGGAAUCUGUGGACUUAAAUUAGUGGAAAUUGUAGUGUUACAAGUGUCUCUGCACUUGCAUUUUAUAUCUAGGGUCAUAACCCGAUAUAAAGUGCACAGAUAUUGCACCUGGUCACCCCAGUGCUGCUCUUAAAAAAGAACUGCAAAAGUGUUCAAAAAUGGCCACUGCUGCCACAAUGGAAGUGGCAGACAUCAUCGUUGUCGCAAUCUACUUCAUCCUGGUGCUCGUGAUUGGCUUCCUCGCCAUGUGGAAGGCCAAUCGGAGCACAGUGAGUGGCUACUUCCUUGCCGGUCGCUCCAUGAAUUGGGCGGCCGUAGGAGCUUCCCUAUUCGUGAGCAACAUAGGAAGUGAGCAUUUCAUUGGACUAGCUGGAUCAGGUGCUGCUAGUGGGCUCAGUGUGGCUGCAUGGGAAUUAAAUGCCUUAUUGCUACUCCAGUUGUUAGGCUGGAUGUUUAUCCCAGUGUAUAUUCAGUCUGGUGUCUACACCAUGCCGGAGUACCUGUCUAAGCGGUAUGGCGGGAGGCGACUGAAGGUGUAUUUUGCCUUGUUAUCUCUCAUCCUGUACAUCUUCACCAAGUUGUCCGUGGACCUCUAUGCCGGAGCCUUGUUCAUUCAGGAAUCCUUAGGGUGGAACCUCUAUCUGUCAAUCAUCUUCCUCAUUGCUAUGACAGCCUUGCUGACAGUCACUGGAGGUCUGGUCGCUGUCAUCUACACAGAUACUGUCCAGGCAUUUCUUAUGAUUGUCGGAGCACUCUGCCUCACAGGCAUCAGCCUCUUCAAAGUGGGGGGACUUGAAGGUAUGAGGGAGAAAUACAUGCAGGCUACUCCAAAUGUCACCGCCAUCUUGCUGUCUUCCCCCAACCUGACGUAUUUUGAAUCCUGCCACCACCACCUCAAUCCAAAGCCGCAUGCUCUCAAGAUCCUUCGAGGCCCGCGGGAUCCAGACCUGCCUUGGCCCGGAUUCUUACUAGGCCAGACUCCAGCCUCUAUUUGGUACUGGUGUGCAGAUCAAGUGAUUGUACAGCGGGUUCUUGCAGCGAAGAACAUCGCCCAUGCCAAAGGUUCUACUAUCAUGGCAGGCUGUCUGAAAAUCCUCCCAAUGUUCCUCAUCGUCAUCCCAGGGAUGAUUUCCAGGAUCUUUUUUGCUGAUGAGUUGGCAUGCAUCAGCCCAGAGCACUGCAUGGAAGUGUGUGGUUCUGCAGCCGGCUGUAGCAACGUGGCUUACCCGCGGCUCGUCAUGUCAGUGAUGCCUGUUGGUCUCCGUGGUCUGAUGAUGGCUGUCAUGAUUGCAGCUCUGAUGAGUGACUUGGAUUCUAUCUUCAACUCAGCGAGCACCAUAUUCACGUUGGAUAUUUACAAGAUGCUACGAAAGCAGGUGUCGUCCAGGGAGCUGGUGAUAGUUGGCAGGUUGUUUGUGGUAUUCAUGGUUGUCAUUAGCAUUGCUUGGGUGCCAGUCAUUAUUGAGAUGCAGGGAGGGCAAAUGUUCUAUUACAUCCAGGAAGUAUCAGAUUACCUGACUCCACCUAUAGCUGCUCUCUUCUUGCUUGGGGUUCUGUGGCAGCGCUGCAAUGAAACGGGUGCCUUUUGGGGUGGUAUGGUAGGGUUUGCCCUUGGAGCACUGCGUCUGGUUUUGGCAUUUGUUUACCGAGAGCCUUACUGUGACCAGCCUGAUGAGCGGCCAUCUUUCAUCAAAGAUGUUCAUUUCAUGUAUGUGGCAGCUUUCUUGUUUUGGGUGUCAACUUUGGUGACGGUAGUCGUGAGUCUCUGCACUCCUCCACCCAGAAAAGAACAAAUCAGAACCACAACUCUGUGGGGGUUAAACAAGAGAAAGGGGCUAAAACAGCAAGAAAAAGAGAAAGUUGGAGAAGACAUAACUGCUUUGAAGCCUCUAAACCAUGCAAGCCUAAAUGGAAGCAGUUUACUUGGUAAAGAAAAGUGUCCAGACCUUCCACACAAGUAUAACGGCAUUGAGGCCAAUCAUGAAAAUUCCCAUCCAAGCAAUGGUCAUGUCAGUGAUGCAGAGGACCACCGUCCAAUCCAGAACGGUUUCCACUCACUGAUUUCUGACCCUAAAAUGGUAGAAGAGGGAAUGGAGAGCAAAGUGAAAGAUGGGGAGGAGGAAGAGGAGUGUUGCUUUGGAGGAAGGGGAGUUGAGAGUGGGAGGUGUACCAAGGCUUUAGAGUGGUUCUGUGGCUUCCAGGAGAAGCCCACCAAAGUUCAGGUCAUAACAGUGGAGGAACAGGAGAAGAUUGUGGAUGAGCUCCUCUAUGAACCUCCACAAACCAGAAUCAUCCUGAACUUAGGACUGGUGGCGAUUAGCUCUGUCGGGAUCUUUCUCUUCUUCUAUUUCUCCUUUUAGGCUGGUUAAUUCGUAGCGUUGAGCCACGUUUGUCCAUAACCUACAAGCAGGAAUGAUCUGCAGGUAAGCCAUCCUUGAACCUUUGAUUAAAAAAAGAGCAUGGUGUGCAGGAAAACUCUGCUUUCUGUCAUGACAAUAUGACAAACAUUUGGUCAAACUGCAAAUUACUAUGUUUUAAAUGCCAUCUGUACACACAUUGAUGAGUUCGGUUGGUCCUUUUGUGCACUUGCCCCUUGCAAAAUUGGAUCUAAAAAUCCAAGUACAUUUGGGGGUAGAGAUGUAAUCAGGCCAGGCCUCAGAACAUUUCAAAAAGUUUGCUUUUUUUAAUAGUACGAGUUAGUACUUUGUUGUAUAUUCUGAAAUGUUUCUCUACACUGUAUAUAUGGUGAUGACUGUGAGGGGGGGGGGUCAUGCAAACAUCUGAUAGUGUGUGUGUGUGUCAAAUGCUCCACGCGUCUUAAAUAGAUAGCCACUAAAAGCUUGCUAUCACAUAGAGGGGCGGGACACACAUUGUAUAAAUAGGAAUAAUUUGGCGAAGGUUUAAUGGUACCUGACUUGAUUGCAGCUGAAUAAACUCUAAAGCAUGGAUUGUCAGCGCGAAAGUUAUUAAAAUUGAUGGAUGUAACCACUCAAGUUCCGACGUCAGGAGGGUGUGGGUGCAAGGCAUUGUCAGUCAUGUGCUGUGAGAUACCAAUGAGCAUUUUAUAUGUGUCAGCAGGCAAGUGCACAACACAUUUUGAGACAAUGCUCAAAAUCGACAUUGUAGAAUACCAUUGCUAAGGUUAAAAAUGACUCCAUAACACUCGCCAUUACUCUUCCAAUCGGCCUCAAAGAGAUGAAGAAUGAGAGAGAGUGACAGCUCUAGAGAGAGAGGGCAAAAACUUGUACACAAUAGUCUGCACAGAUCCACGUAUUCAAAAUGGGUAAUAUCUCUUCCCCAUAGUUCAUGUUCUGACAACAGCUAUUACGAACAGGAAAUUCCAAUCAAUAAGCUUAACUUACAACACAAGGUCGCGAUCUUUGACCAUGUACAAUACAUCAGCAUUUCAUUAUUUAACAUUUCAGUCAAUAUUUAUGACCGAUGCUGUCAUCACACAGCAAUUAACAAUACAACUACAAAAAGUGUAAAUCCAUGACACUGAAAAUGAAACACAAACAACAGAAACUGUGACAGAUGAUGUGACAAUCUGAGCAGUGUGUGUGUGUGUGAGAGAGAGAGAGAGAGUGUGUGUUUAAGCUUACUUACUUUAUUUGAAGAUGAAAUCCAUGCGCAAUUUCGUCUUGACAAAGAUGUUGGAGACAGUGAUGCCUUAAGCAAAUAGAGAUUGGUAUGAUUUGAGUUGAGGUUCCUCUUCUCAAAAGCUGAGCUGUUGUUUAGGAUUUGUUUGGCUUUCUCUCUGAGAUGUUCUUUCCGCUCCACAUUGUAUUAAUUAGUGGGGAAUGCACACAAGUUUAUAAAGCAAUAUUGCCAAGUGCAACUUAAAACCUUUUUUAUAUUUUGUACUUCCCACCGUCACCUGUUGUAUCUUCUUUUGUUGUGAGCGAUUUUCCCAAAUCUGAUAUAUAUAUAGAAAUAGUAAACAGUAGAAGAGCUGAAUUACACCAAAAAAAUCGAUCAUUCAAGGUAACUAAACAGAUGUUUUGGUAAUGGCACCUUAUUAUUAACACCCCAACAUGACCAACUGCAUUGUGCCAAUGACAUUAUUAGUAACAGUGGCAAUUGCCAUCUAACCCUAACAUGACCUAGUUUCGCACCUCAAAAGCCAAAUGCUAAUAUUCUUGAAUAUAUUCUGUCACAUUUUGUGGUUUUGUGUAGGAGUUUUGUAAAAAUCACACAUAAUAUGAUACGAAACACUGUUUUGAACUAGUAGGAGCAAUGUACUCUAUGCUGACAUGUAAAUCCAGCCAGUGUCAACACAGAUAUUGGUGUUUGGAUGGUUUAAGGUCUAAUUCUUAAGUGCUUUUUUGGCAGUGACAUAUGUGUUCUUUUGUUGACAACAUAUUCAUGAAUUGUCCUGGGGAGGUUUUCAUGGUGAGGAAAAUCACAGUGAAUGUGACUGAAACCUACCUUUACCGUGCCUUUUCAUUUUAUUGGAAUUGUAUAUAGAUUAUCUUGUGUUUUGUUUUUCUUCUCAGUCUUUUGUAUUUGAAAGGGUCGUAAAUUUCAACCUAUCAGAGAGUGUCAGAGGGGAACACCUUGUUAUAACAACGCGUGCACAUUAUUAUUAUAUAUAUAUUAUAUAGAUAUGGGUGACAAAUCAAAGGAAAAACCUUCGUAAACAAGCGGAGAAACAUGCAGUAACUAAUGUGAAUGCAUUUUUGAUCGACUUGUUGGACAGGGCUCUUAGAGCUGUGGGCUUAACUGAAACCAUCUGAGAAGAUGGAGCUGAAAUCACUCGCUGGUUAAAACUUAUUGCUGUUUUAGUUGUGACAAGGAGCCUCAACAAAACACUGCUCCAACCCAGUCACCAGAAUAAAUGCUGACGUUGUAUGUUUCUGCAAACCGUGGACUUUGAAACUGACGUUCCUUUAUGUUCAAAAUGUAUGUUUUUUUUUUCUUUUAAUUUUUUAUUUUCACGUUGUUUCCUUGGUUUUAUCACAAGAAAUGUCCUGAUGUCUUGUUAAAAAUGCACGACCGCUAUUCCCCUCCCCCGCCUGACGAGAAACCCGGCUCAUAUGCAUGUACCGGUAUUCUGUGACAAGUGCGGAUGAGGUUGGACAAGUGAGUCGACUCGUGGAAACAACUCUUUACUUGACAUGUUCCUUUGAAAAAUGUUAACUGUGCCUGUCAAGCAGCUUCCAGGUCAGCCGAAAACGAUGCUGACGAUUCUGGUUUUUCAUUUGUCGCCCCUCUGUAUGUGCUAGUGCUCAAACAAACCGUUGUAACACAUGUUCUAAUCUGCACUGGAUAUGUUGGCAAAAUGUGCAUUUAAUGAGAUCUUGUCUGUUUUUUUUUAUUUUCUACACUUACAGAACCCAGAGGGUGUCUUCCACUCAAAUGCUUUAAAUUUUUAUGAACGUGAAUAAUGGUGUUUUGUAUUGGUGUUAUGCCUGGUUUAAGAUGUGAAGGGAAGGGCUUGGAAUGAGAGCCUCACUAUUUCCUCCUCUCCUAGAUUGAUCCAGUGAAUAUAAUUGUGUUAUUGUAACUUUAGCUCUGUGUAAUUAAACUGAAUUAAGUUCAGAACCGAUUCUAUGCAAGAAAAACGGAUCAAGUCAAGCCAAGUAACGAGUGGUAGGAGGAUUUUCUCAGGAAUAAACAGAGGUGCCAGUCCUUGUUGUCUUCCCACAUCUGACUGUAAGGACUUCUUCCACCGUUGUUUUAUGCAAUAAAAAUGAGGAUGGAACUAC